CUCUCCCGGGCUGCAGCGUCCACUCAACAUGAAUCACCACACAGGCAGGAGAUUUACAGACUGAAGGAAAUGCACACUCUAUUAAAAAUGUUCUUUGCUGAAUUAUUUCUAAUAUUAUAACAGACAAUAACAUGACUUUUAAAAAAAAAAAAAAAAUGAUUUAAGGUUAAAGGAACACAUACACAUACUUGUAAAGGGACAUACAGACAGCACCAACAACAUAUAUAAACAAAAACAUAAAAAAAAGAAAAGAAAAAAACUUUUUUUUCUGCCAGUCACGCUACACUUUCUGUCCUCUGACCUCUGUUUACCUGCUGCCCACUCCGUGUCUUUUGUCCCCAUUUAGCCGGAAAGGACUCCCACCUGGGGAUCGAUAACCUGCACAAACCAUGGCAUAUUUGCCGUCUGGAGAGUGUGCCAGCACACACCGCCACUUCAAACACUGUUGCCGAGAAAGACUCUGCUCCUCGUCCCACCGCCGACACCUCAGGGUAUAGCUUGGAGUCAGCAGACCACCCAAGGGGCUUUUGGAGACUUGCACACUGGGAGGCCUGGGUGGGUGAAUGCAUUGAAGGAUGGCCGUGUUUUGGAAAGCAAUGGCAGGUGGACUGCUGCUCUCUCUGAGCCUCACUCUGCUGGGGUGGAGAGUUGAGGGACAGGGGAACGGACGGGGUAAGAAAGAAGUAUCAGGCGGUGCUACGGUCUACCUUGGCCAGGACAGAGACAUCUGGAGGCCACUGAUCCACACAACAGUAAACCUCAGUGAGAUCAGCAGUAUCAAGUCAUCCUUUCAGUUUCGGACGUUUGACCCAGAAGGUGCCGUUUUCUACGGGGACACCAAAAACGGGAACGACUGGUUUGUUUUGUCCCUGAAAGACGGCAUCCCCCUGAUGCAGAUCAGCAGAGAAGACAUCCUCGUCAGCGUGGCAGGCGGCCCCAAGCUCAAUGACGGACAAUGGCACACACUGGAGGUGAGCAACCAAGAGAUGUUUGUGAUUCUAGAGGUGGACGGCUCCAGCGGGCUGGUGGUGGGCAUGCAGUCCAAACAGACACAGGAGGUGCUAUCGGGUGAACUCCGACUGGCCGUUGGCGGGAUCCUGAUCGACAAGGACAAGAUGAUUGUUCCGUUUCAGCCGCAGAUGGACGGCUGUGUGCGGGAAGGCAACUGGCUAAACCUCAGCAUGCCCUGGGAGGCAGAGGCGGAGGAGCUCUGGCCCUGCUAUCAAAACGUCCAACCUGGCAGCUACUUCCCUGGCACUGGAUUUGCCAUUUUCAACACCUCAGUUUUCCACCUUGAUGCCGAUGAUGGGGUCAAGGUUGAAUUGUGGGGAGAUUUCAGUAAAAUGGAUGGGACCAUUUUGAGCAUCAAGGCUCCUGGGCAAGAUCUGAUGUUCGCUUUAGUGGCCAAUAAUAACACAAAGGAGGUCACACUCAUUUUCGGCGAAGAAAAAAUCAGUUUGAAAGAGACUUUCAAGAGACUGGUGAUAACCUUUCAGACAGAUUUACUGAAAGUGCUUAAAGAUGAAGAUAAAUCGAAGACCACGUUAUCUAUCAACCUUCGUUGUUUGACCACAUGGAGAGGGGGUCGUCUUGCCGUCGGAGGUCUCCUAGGUGAGAGUGAGGAUGACGUUGGCUCCCAGUUUUUGACAGGCUGUCUUGAGAAGGUCCAGGUCCAAGGGAAGGAUUUGGACCUGGAUUUAGCAGUCAAACACAUGUCAAUCUCAUCUCACAGCUGCCCUGCAUAGACCAUGAAAGUAUGCAUGUUCAAAAUGUGGAGUCAAGGGGGUUUCCAAAUGACAUAAAAAAAUAUAUGCAAGGUGUGUAAAGUGAAAAAUUGUCUGCUAAUAGUCAUUCUGUAUUUUAAUGUGGUAUUUGAACCUAAUUAACCUCUAAAAUGUGGAGAAUUUACAAUAAAAUUUUAAUAUGUUGUUCAAUAGACUAAUCUGAGAAAUGUGACCUUGCUACAGUCUGUUUCUAAAUAAAAUAUGAUUCUCUUUAA